AUGGCGGGCAUGCCCUUGCUGGGCAACAGCGUGGGCGCGGGUGAACUACGAGAAGAUGCCAGUAACAGAUCAUCUAGUAGUGGCUCUCGUCGCGGCUCCUCCCCUCUCAGAGGGCAGGAGCACGAAGUGGAUGUCAGUUGUCAUAGACCAGAUCUGACGACGUCACUACCAUCCCGCCGGCCCACGAGCUAUGAAAAGGACUUUAAAGUCCCUACUGUGGCAUCACUAAGUGGAGCUAGCGUGGUGACACACACGGCUCCUUCGUACGAAGAACAGCGCGCUAGUCCUGCUUUGCUGUGCAGAAACACUGGUGGAACUCCUGGAGGACGAAGCGUGCGAGACGAUGGCUACUGCUCCGCGGGGAGCACGCCUCGGGCAUUUGAGCACAAAUCAACUAAAGGGUCUGUGGUAACUCUAUCAUGCUAUAAAAAGGAGCCUAAAAUCAAAAUUGAAGAGGAGGUGUACUUUAGUGAAUCCUCAAAACGUGUUAGAGGCAAUAGUGUUACGAAGACAGCUGAAAUAAAUGAUGGGCGGGAAACAUGGGGCACUGGGGCGGAUUUUCUUCUUUCCAUAAUCGGUUUUGCUGUGGAUUUAGCUAAUGUAUGGCGAUUUCCCUACUUGUGCUACAGGAAUGGUGGCGGUGCAUUCCUAAUUCCGUACAUGCUGAUGCUUAUCUUUGGCGCCGUACCGCUCUUCUACAUGGAGUUAAUCCUUGGGCAGUACAAUCGACAGGGUCCGAUAACAAUAUGGAAAAUAUGUCCGCUUUUCAAAGGUGUGGGCUUUUGUGCGGUGAUGGUAGCGUUUUAUGUAUCUUUUUACUACAAUGUCAUAAUCGGGUGGGCGCUCUACUUCCUCGUAUCAUCAGCUCGAUCGGAGCUGCCGUGGUUGCACUGCGACAACUCUUGGAACACAGAACAAUGCUGGGACGCGGCGCGAUUGAACGAGACGAACCGAACUGACAUCCCGUACCAAGGACCUCUCUCUCACUUCACACCAGCUUCGGAAUUCUUCCAUCGGGCGGUACUCGAGAUGCAGCAUUCUGAAGGGCUGAACGAUUUAGGCUUACCGAAAUGGCAACUCACCGUAUGCUUGGGCGUCGUCUACUUCACUCUCUACUUGUCUCUUUUUAAAGGAGUCAAAAGUUCUGGAAAAGUUGUAUGGCUGACUGCAACGAUGCCUUAUGUGGUGCUGUCUAUUCUUCUUGCGAGGGGACUUCUAUUGCCUGGCGCUACUCGAGGCAUUGCAUAUUACUUGCACCCUGAACUUAAUAGGCUGAAGGAUACACAGGUUUGGGUAGAUGCUGCUGUUCAGAUAUUCUACUCAGUUGGUGCUGGUUUUGGAGUUCAUCUUUCGUAUGCGAGCUAUAACACGUUUCACAACAAUUGUUACAGAGACUGCCUCGUGACUACUCUAGUGAACUGCUUCACUUCCUUCUUCUCCGGAUUUGUUAUCUUCACGUACUUGGGCUUCAUGUCACACAAACAAGGGGUUCCCAUAUCGUCUGUUGCUACAGAAGGACCAGGCCUAGUUUUUCAAGUAUACCCUGAAGCAGUCGCAACUCUACCUGGAGCAAGUUUAUGGGCCAUGCUGUUCUUUUUUAUGCUCAUCAUGUUGGGAUUGGAUUCUGGGAUGGGUGGUCUAGAAUGUGUGAUCACUGGUCUGUUGGAUCAGGCACGAGCGUGCGGUGCGCAUUGGUUGCGUCGCGAACACUUCACCUUGCUUGUCGUAUGUCUUUCCUUCUGCGUCGCUUGCAUUAAUGUUACACCCGGUGGAAUCUACAUGUUUCAUUUACUGGACACUUACGCAGCCGGUAUAUCUCUGCUGUGCUCAGCACUCUUUGAGGCUGUCGCGGUAUCCUGGUUUUAUGGAUUGAAAAGAUUUUCUGAUGAUGUGGAGGAAAUGCUCGGCUUUAGACCUGGUCUGUACUGGCGGAUAUGCUGGAAGUUUGUCAGCCCAGUUUUCAUUAUCGGCGUCGUGGUAUUCGGUCUCCUCUACCAGCAGCCUCUGCAGUACCAGGACUACACAUACCCGCAGUGGGCAGUGGUGCUUGGCUGGGGCCUGGCCUGCUCUUCCAUACUGAUGAUCCCCAUCGUGGCCAUUUAUAAAUUCAUCACCACACCUGGAACUUGCCGUCAGCGUUUAGCAUGCUGCAUCUCUCCGGAGUCUGAGCAUGAAGCAAUCCGUGGAGGAGCUCCUGUUAGUCGAUUUACUUGGAAGCACUGGCUAUAUGUCGUAGCCAUGUCUCUAGAACGUGAGAGUAUGGGCAUAAUGCCCCCUAUCCCAGUGGGCAGCGGGCCUCUAGACCCUCGCUCUCAGUUGCUGCAAGAAAUGAGAGACCAGAACUAUGACCUGAUCAGAUUUGCCUCAUAUAGGACUGCAUGCAAACUGAGAUUUGUUCAGAAAAAGUGCAACUUACAUGCAAUAGACAUAUGGAAUGUCAUAGAAGCAUUCAGAGAGAAUGCACUAAACACUCUGGAGCCAACAGCCUGUGUAAAUGUUACAAGAUUGGAGACACUGGUUUCUUCAUUGUAUCACAAUCUCAACAAGAGGUUACCGCCGGUUAACCAAGUGUCUGUUGAGGCAUGUUCAGCCCUGCUGUUGAAUUGGUUAUUGUCUGCAUAUAGUACAGGUGAAAAUGUGGGUAAAAUCAGAGUGUUCUCAAUAAAAGUUGCAUUGGCAACUAUGUGUGCCGGUAAACUAAUGGACAAACUAAGAUAUAUAUUCUCUCAACUAUCUGACGGUAAUGGCCACUUGCUUAUGAAGAGGCUCUCGGACUAUUUAAGGGAGGUCCUAGCUCUGCCUGCGGCUGUUUACGAGUCUCCCUCUUUUAAUUACAAUGACAACUUGGCAAUCUCUAUAUUUAAUCAGAAUGUCAAGAUUACAGUCAAUGACUUCCUAGACACACUAAUGUCAGAUCCCGGCCCUCCGUGCUUAGUAUGGCUGCCACUGUUACACCGUCUGGCUAGUGUUGAGAAUGUGGUCCACCCACUAGCAUGCAGCGUCUGUCGCCGUGGCUCUCUAACGGGCUUCCGGUACAGAUGUACUCGAUGCGCGGGAUACACCCUUUGCCAGGAUUGCUUCUGGCGUGGCCAUGUAACUCCGCCUCACACGAACGACCACGAGGUCAAAGAGUACGCAACAUACAAAUCGCCGUCCAAACAAAUCGGUGCAACAUUACGUAAAUCAUUCCGAUGCGUACCGGAACGUGCGCGACCGCAGUUACCGCGCUAUCCCGACCAACCUGAGCGGACCCUCAACCUAAGUCAUAUUGUGCCUCCUUCACCAGUGCCUGUACACAACGGAUUCCCGGAGUAUGUGGGUGGUUACGUCAACACUGGCUCGCUGGAUAGUCGUUCAUCCAGAUCUACGCAUCGCAGUAUAGCGGAGCAUCUAUCCCGAGGCGUCGAUGACGAACAUCGUCUAAUAGCGCGUUAUGCGGCUAGACUGGCGCACGAGAACCGCACUAUGCCACGAGCGGGAAGGUCGGCGUCUCUUACACCAGAACUGGGUCGUUCGUCAUCCGAGGGUUCAGAAGUAGACGCAGCGAGACAGCAGCGAGAGUUAAUAUCACAACUCGAGGCUAAGAACAGGGAAAUCAUGAGGGAGAUCGCACGUCUAAGACAGCAAGAGGCAGAAGCAGUGGGAGGCGCUGGUUGUCCAGGUUCCGCCCCCCCAUUGGUCUCCGAGCUACGCGCACUGCGACAGCGCAAAGACGAGUUGGAGGGCCACCUAUCCUCGCUACAGGAAUCCAGGAAGCAUCUCAUGCAUCAGCUCGAAGGAUUAAUGAGGAUGCUAAAGACUCAACAAUCCAGUCCCAGGUCUACUCCGAACUCAUCCCCACGAUCGACUAAAAGUCCACCCCUUCCGGGCUCGCAACCACAGCCUUCAGCACCAGAAAGAGAGCUAGCCCCGCGAGGAACUGUACGCAGCGCACCGCAGACGCCAUCUUUGGGGGAAAGAGAGCGCAUCGACAUGACGCAUAGUCUUGGAGCAAUGGAAUCAAUGGGCGGUGACGGAAGAAGUUUUCAUCAAAACCAAAGACCCACCACUAUGGGCAUAGACAACCGGAAUCUACGAAGCGACCUGUUAUACGCCGCGGAUUCAGUCACAAAUGCGAUGUCCACUCUCGUCCGAGAACUCAAUUCCGAGGGUUCAGACACUGAGGAUACGGUAAAAGGCGGUUUGGAGGCUCGGAAAAGGCGAGAUUUUGAAGAGGACGAUGAUAGCGACGAACCGAUGCCGCGACCGCAAUUGCCUCGCCACUACAUACACGACAACAAUGUUCAGGACACCCCACCGCCGCUUCCAGCGCGUACAGGCCACUACUUCCCGCGUACAUAGCUCUAAAUAUUAUAUAUACAUAUAAUAAAUAUGUUACUAUAAACCAUGUCAUACCGUAUUAAUGUACGUUAGACUAUAUUGAACUUUAUUAUAACGCAGCUAGGUUCAAUUUUCGUUGGCAAACUUUUAUAUGGACAGAAUAUUGUAUAUGUAUUAUCACUUAACGUAUGUAUAUGUGACCAGCAACUCAUAUAAUAUUAAAACUGUAUUGUACUAUAGAAACUGAUUAAUUAGUGUCUGUUUACGGUGAGUUACAGUGACCAAGCGAAAGUGAUAUCCUUUGCAUAAAACAUAUGAUUUGACAGCGGUUUUAAACUCAUCUUUAGAAACUGUCAGAAUGAUUAGUUCGAAGACGGCGACGGAGGCGGCACUGCACCUUUUCGUAGUGAAAGGGACGCGUCGGCUACUUCAAAGACGUGGCACGUACUGUACGCCCAUAUAUCUUAUAUCUAUCUUGAUGAGUCGUUAUACGGAAGAUUUAGAUGACUAAUUCUUAUUAUUUUCAUUUUCCGUGGUUUCCUUAUUGAAAAUAAUG